GAAAAACAUUACAAACAGCCGAAAACCACCACAGAUCAGUCAAAUCUAGCAUCACAAUGUUGGCACUCAUUAACCGUCUCCUGGACUGGUUUAAGUCACUCUUCUGGAAGGAAGAGAUGGAGUUAACCCUCGUCGGGCUGCAGUAUUCAGGCAAAACGACAUUUGUUAACGUAAUCGCGUCAGGCCAGUUCAGUGAAGAUAUGAUACCAACCGUUGGGUUCAACAUGAGAAAGGUUACAAAAGGCAACGUCACCAUCAAGAUUUGGGAUAUAGGAGGUCAGCCGAGGUUCAGGAGCAUGUGGGAGCGAUACUGUCGUGGAGUGAAUGCAAUAGUGUAUAUGGUAGACGCAGCAGACCGGGAGAAGGUUGAAGCUUCCAGAAACGAGCUACACAAUCUUUUAGACAAACCACAGUUACAAGGAAUCCCUGUGUUGGUGCUCGGCAACAAGAGGGAUCUACCCAAUGCGUUGGAUGAGAAACAGCUUAUUGAAAAAAUGAACUUGGCUGCUAUUCAAGACCGAGAGAUAUGCUGCUACUCUAUUUCCUGCAAAGAGAAGGAUAACAUUGACAUCACACUUCAAUGGCUAAUCCAGCACUCAAAGUCGAGAAGAAGCUGAAAGCAUCUUGAGUUUAUCCGCUGCCAUGUUACUCUCACACCACAUCCAAUGCUCACUUUGUGAAACUGUACAGUUCUCCAUAACGUGCCCCUCACACUACCCUGCUCGUCUGAUCCCUAAUCCUCCCGUCCGCAUCAGUCAUGUCAACGAUACAUCAGUCGCUAAAAGACGCUAGCCUGCAGAAUCAGUUUCUUCAACCUCUUACAGCCUGCUGUCAGAUGAACAUUAUGGAUAUCCUUUUUUUGCGAAGCCCAGCAGCUCCAGUGGUCUCCAUUUGGGGUUUCCAGAACAAAUUUAUUUAAAAACUGAGACAAAUCCAAACUUUAAUAUUGAUGUUUUUUCUCUCCUUUCUCAAGUCUGUCAGGUUUUGCUCAUGAGAGCGUGUUAUAUUGUUUCAGUUGUUGCUUUUAUUUCUUUCCAUUUCUCUUCCCCCCCACAAAUUGUAUCUCCUAAUAUUAAACAUGAGGAGCAAUCAGUAAAUGAACAGCUUAGCGGAAAAAAUCCAGAAUGAUUUUUACAGAAGUGAGAGUAAGUAUAUUUUGAGAGGAUGAAUGUUUUGCUGGUUAAGGUUUUCAUUUAGCUCAGUGAUGUCUUUGAAUGGUGUUCAUGAGCUGAGAGAAAGAGAGUAAGUUAAAGUGCCUUGUGCAGUGUGUAUCUGUCCCUCAAGAUAAACAGUAUACCGGGUGUGCCUGCCUGGAGCUACGUUGGAUAAAGACAGCUUACUUUGACCUGCAAGAACCGAAGGCAUGCUUUUUAAGGUAGAUUAUUGUACUGUUGUCGUUAUCAACUCAAUAUUUGUACAAAAAGAGGCAAAUGUUGAAAACCCCACUCUUAUCAAUGCACUUUUGUAAAUACGAUGAACCAAUAAAUAGAUUGUCAACAUGUAGGAGGAA